UGUUGGAGGGCCAGUAAAACAAUUGGCUUGGGACCCUAGAAGUGAACGCCUAGCUGUAGUGUUCCGUGAUACUGAGUGUGUCGCUCUGUUCCACACCCACACUCACCCUUCCUUGCACUUGGCACCUGGUGGAUUUAUAAGAGGAGAGCCAGGUCACAUUCCAGUCAGCAUCAGUUUCCAGCAUAAUUUGAAUACCGGAGCUGUCCUGUCUGUGGUCUGGAGCAGCGGACAGGUCCAACACAUCCCCAUGAGAUUUGCCUCACGGGAGCCGCUGAACACGACAAUAAUUGCUGGAAAUCUCAACUCCUCCAUAAGAGCUUCAGCCCUCAACUCAAGCCUAGCCAUGAACAAUUCUGUGUCCUUUGUAGGGUCUCCUAUAACAUCUCCAUUGACUGGCCGCUUGUUUUCAUCACCUGAUAAAAACCUUUAAAAAAAAAAUUAUAAUAAUGGCUUGUCAGUACAAUAUAUUGAGGAUUCUAUUUCAGGUUAAGUUGCUUGGUGAUUCAUCCUCUUUGUGUAAAAUAGUUCUAAGGAUACUUGGAUUAAGUAUAUGUUGCUUCUGCAAGAAAUUGUGAUAAAAAGAGUGGAACGGAUGUCUUAUUACUUUUUUUUAUAAAGGAUUUUCCUCAAGGAAAUGUUGUUUCUAAUAAAGCAUAUUUAAAUAA